CCUCUCUCGUGCGAAGAGAGGAGAAUAUGGAACACCAGCGCCCUCUACGGUUGUCGACAGGUUUUCAAGCGGUGUGACACGGCCACGAACUCAUGAGCUGUGCGCGAUAUUGGAGUUAUUGGAGUGGGGGAGGUUCUGGACGCACGCACGCACAACGAUUUUCUGUUUUUCCUCUUCGGGAGUUUUUUUAUUAUUUUCCUUCCCUUCCAGUACAUACGUCGAUCCUCGAGGGGGAAUUCGUGCGCUCUGAGUGCAGGAGGAUACGAAAGGCGCGCUUGAGAAGAAAUAGUGACUAAUAAGACGAGACGACGAGUAUUUUCGUCGCGUAGCCCGUGUGCGAGUGUGUCAACGGUAGUGUAGUUAGAAGAGUUUGGGACGGCUCCAUUUCGAAGGGGACGGGUUUCGGCAACGCUUCUGCAUGCUGACGAAUGGAGUCGGGGCCAAAACUUCCAUCUCUCCGGAAAAAGCCAGUGUCAGUGCGACAUUUUGGGAUGUCGAAAGUGUUAGUUGGAUGAGCUGGAUUAGUUGGAUGGGGCUAAGAAUAGCCCAUCCCUCCGGCCUUACUGCCCAACCUAAUGGGCUACCUAGUGCUAUUCCCAGGCACACCACGUCCAUAUUCCCUACGAGUCUAGCUUAUAGGCAGACGAGGGGGGGCCCCAAGAUCUUCGAGUCUGGUCGUUUACGUACAGGACUGGCAUGGGAUGGGAUAGGAUGGGAUAGGAUAGGAUCCGUACCUAAAAAAACUGCCCGGCUAGUGCCAUCGGAUAAUCAGGGGUCAGCAGGUAAUCACAUACCUACACGCAACACACACACGCACACAUCCAGCUAUACAUCAUGUAUACAUAUAAGGAGCACAGGAGUAACUUGCCUUCCUUUCCAUGUGUACCUAGGGAGGUACCUGUUGCAAGAUGAUGUAGAUACAUACCUACCUGCCUGCCUACCUACAUACAUACAUGUAAGUAAGUUAAGUUCCGCGGUAAAGUGGAUGAGACAGGUUUCAUGUUCGCAAUAUGGAUUUCCACGUCCUGCGGUUACAUUGGUAGAUAUGUAGGUAAGUACGUACGUACUCACGCAGAUAUGUAUGUUUGUAUGUAGUAUGUACCAGGUAAGUGAGUAGGUAGGUAGGAGGGCAGGGAGGUAUGCGAAUAUGGGUCGUAUCUCCCCGAUCUCUGGAGAAAGAGAGAAGAUGCCUCCACUCCAAAGGCUUCUAGCCA